AGGUGCUGAGGUCUAGCGGCCACCUAUCGUGCGCAGUGUCGAUCAGAGUCGCGAGUCGAUCACACCGUCAGCUUAGUGAUUCUCUCUAAGUGGAGACAUGGCCAGACUGUUCAGCGCUCUGCUGGCACUGCUAGCGCUGGCACCCAUCACCCAAUCAUUUCUGCCGAGUCCCAUUCCGCCCAGUCUGGCCGGCACAGAGCGUCUGCAGUGUCUUCUGCGUGCAGCAGUCGAUCUCACCUGGACCCAUCGCAACAUCACAGAGGAGGCCGUAAAACGAGCCGCAGUGCGACGCUUCCGAGCUCUGGCCAAUGACAGGCGCGUCAACUACGGGCCUGACGAGCUAGACACUGUAGCCAACGUGUUCAUCAAGUUCCACGGCUUCAACGCGACCGGAGCCGGCAUCGCGUUUGCGAUGGUGGCUCAGCAGCUUGCGGACGAGGUGGCCCGGGUGGACAGCGGGCCGGCCGGAGUCGACCCCAGGUACCAUUUCGACGCCGAGCGGCUGGCGGAGGCACAGAAGCUGCUCCAGGUGCGUCAUCAGCAGCUGGUGACGUCACUGGUGGCCGGCGGCCGGGCCGGCAGCGCGCUGCGUCUGCUGGCCCUCCAGCUGGCCGCCAUCCAGGACUUCUACAGCCACUCCAGCUGGAUCGACCUGGAGAAGAACGAGAUCAACUAUGCGCUCGGAAUGCCGGGCCAGGAGGUGGGCGCCGUUGCCGGUCCGGGAGACUCGGUAUGCUCCGACUGUGACUCUGCCGACGGCUCGUGCUACAAUAACGUGCUGCGUCAAGGUCGACUGACGUCUGGGUACCUCUCGGGGCAGUAUAUCAGCGGUGUCACCGUCAGCAAACCGGCCAACAGCGGCAAGUGCAGUCAUGGCGGAGUGACGGACCGGAGCCGAGCACUGCCCGCCGUCGGAGGCAUCAGCAAGGACUCGAUGGCUCCCUGCUUCUCGCCGCAUCACUACUCACACAGCCGGGCGGCAGAGUUUGCUGUUCAGGCCUCAGAGCGGUACAUCUCCGCCGUCCUGGCCGCCACCGGUGAGCAGCGGGCCGACUGGUUGCUGCGCCUCUCACCCCGCCAGUGCCUGGUGCUGGUGCUGGACACCUCUCAGUCGAUGGAGCUGACUGUGGCGGCGCUGCGCCAGCGCACGGCGCGGCUGGCGCAGCUCGAGCCCCGGCUCCGGCCCGGCUGCUUCGUGCUCGUUCCGUUCAGCGGUGCCGGCGUGGGUCCGGUGCAGGUCACUGCCAGCGUUGCAGAGUUCCAGAGCCAGCUCGACUCUCUGCCCCUGGUGCCGGGUGACAGUCGCCGGCUGGGAGUCUCUGCUCUGCUCUCUGCCGUGGACACUGCGCCUGCCGGGAGCGACAUCUACCUGCUGACGGACCGGGCUCCCACCGACACCGCCUUUCACCUACACCUGCUGCAACUGGCGGCCGACGCCGCGGCCAGGGUGAACCUGAUUCUCAUCAGCAGCGCCCGGGGUGUGUUCGGCGCCUCCGCCGCCGGUAGGGGUCCGUUCGGAACGGCUGUCGGUCCAGCGCAGAUCGGUCCCCUGACCGGCCCGGAGCCCAUCUCCGCACCUGCCGACGGUCUGACGCCGCAACAGCGAGGGCGGUAUGAGGCACAGCUGUACCCCAUAGAGGUGUACAAGAAUGUUUCGAAGGCGACCGGCGGAUUGUUGCUCGAGGUUGGGGCGAAUCAGGUGGCCGAGGCACUGCAGAUUUUGGACCUGGCCGCCAACAACUCAAAGUCCACAAUUUUCAACCGGUACGACAUCGGCUUUCCGUCAUUCAGCUCCACUUUCGGCAUCGACCAGACCGUGUCCCAGCUGGAGGUCACGGUGACCGGGUCGGUGACCUCGGGUCAGCUGGUGUCCCCGCGGGGCCGGCGAUUCGACCUCAGGUCACCACAGGUGGACGAUGACGCUCGGCCGGACGCGCGGAGAGUCAGGACGGCAGUGAGCUCGUCCAGCGUCACCGUCCUUCAGUUGGACGAUCCGGUGGGGGGAGACUGGAGGCUGGAUCUGACCAGUCCGGACUUUUACUACCCGGCUAAUGUGGCAGUCAGGGCCAUCACCAACCUGGACAUCCGGUGUUCGGUCGUGUAUCUGGCCGACCAGGGGGUCACCCACCCGGGAAUGCAGGUGGUGCGCGGAAAACUGGUCACAGGAGCGCAAGGCGGACCGCUGCCGCACCUGCUGCUGCAGCUUAUCAGCACAGACGAGCAGCCGUUCCGCUCUGUUGAUGAGGUCCUGGUGACUGACCUGACCGGGAAGGUGGUGGGUCAGCUCCGGUACGACACGGGUCCCCUCUGGGACGCCUACCUGCCGCUGGAGCCGCGAUUCAUCGCCCGGCCGGCAAAUAUACGGGUAAUCGGCACCGCUCGGGACGGCAGCCGGUGGGUACGGGAGGCCCCGCUGAGGACCACCCUGUCCUCUGUCCGUGUGGAGCCGGUCAGACCCGAGGCCAGUCCGGCCCGUUCCGGUCAGAGCGGCGACCUACAGUUCCAGGUCACCAACGAGGGACGCUAUCAACACACCUUCAGCCUGCAGGCUACGGACGACCUGGGCUACUUCCAGUCGCUGAGUCAGCUCACUGUGACUCUCGCACCGCGUCAGAGUCGCACGGUGACCCUACGCUACUACGUGCCGCCCUCAGCUCGUGCCGGGGACUCGGCCACCGUCCUCGUCUCGGCCCUGACGGAGAACAGGGAGGACGGCGCUGCCGCCCACCAGACCGUCACCGUGCUGGCUCAGGAGGAGGAUGUCUCGGCCCCGACGUGCACAGUCCUGCCGGGAGCCGACGUAGACUGCGGCGACUAUCUCUCCGAGGACGACUGCGACGACCGGUUCUGGACCGUGGACUUCGAGGUCUCCGACACAGGAUCAGCGUAUUUAACUGCUGCCAACGGGUAG